AUGGGGUGGAAGGGGGAGAGCAUUCCUCGUGAGAGGGGAAUAUUUCUGUUACCAUCAGCAAGUGCUUCCCAAGCGGCAUCAGGCUGGUCUGCCACCGCUUCGCGCUGUUUUAAUCUCUCGGGGAAGUCCAGCUCUAAGUCGUCGACCCAGGUGAAGGCCCAGGCCACAGCGGCUAUGGCGGAACCAGCCUAUACAGUACCGGUGUUCCGGGAGAGGAGUUCUGAGGAGACGGAGGAGUAUCAGAGAGUGACCACCAACGUGGGGAAAGGCCUGGCUGUCAUCCAGGAGGAGCUGCACAGGAUGAGGAUGGCCACCAAGGCUCAGGUGGAGAGUCUGGAGCUCCAGAGGGAGGUGAGGAGCAGAGAGGCCGGCGCUCUGAUGUGGAGGGGGGACUUGUUGGAUGAAAUCCCCAAGAUGCCUGACUUCCUGGUGGCCCUGCGGCCCCACACCGUGUGGGAGAAGACUCCCGUGAAGUUGUUCUGCACCGUGCAGGGGAACCCGAGGCCCAUCGUCAAAUGGUAUAAAGGAGGAGCGCCAGUCGACCCGCUGAGCGCCCCAGGAAGGUACAAGAUCGAGAGCAAAGUAUGGAGUCCACAUUUGAUCAUAAGCAGGUGUGUGGUGAGUGAUACCGCUGAGUACAGUGCCGUGGCCACCAACCCGCACGGCACGGCCACCAGCAAGGCUGCAGUCACCGUGAAGAGAGCCUCAGGAGCCGGGCAGUCCUGCCAGCUCAACCUAGUUCCUCAUCUGACCGUCAUCCAUCCCAGUAAACUGGAGGUGUCUCUGCUGGAUCGCUUCUCGGUCAGCUUCGUGGAGGGCGGAUCCAUCAGCCUGGUGUGCACCAUGGUGGUCGUCCCCGACCUCCCCAACGUGCCCCCCCUCGCCCAGUGGUACAGAGACGAUAAACUGCUGAAGCCCAGUAACCUGGUGGAGAUGGCCGUGGGGGGGAGCGCGGCUCGCCUGACGCUGCCCCGCCUGGCCAAGGACGACGAGGGGCUCUACACCCUCCGCAUCUUCACCAAGGACGGGACGGCCGAGCACAGCGCCUACCUGUUCGUCUCAGAUGCCCCCCCCUCUGCAGCCGGGGCCCCUGGUGCGCCCAUGAGCGUGAAGGCCUAUGACAUCAACGCCGACUACGUCCUGGUUGCCUGGAAACCCCCCAACACCGUCAACGAGGCGCCAAUCACCGGAUACUUCGUGGACCGGUGUGAGGCCGGCAGCGACACCUGGGUCCAGAGCAACGACGCCCCGGUGAAGGUUUGUAAAUACCCGGUGCACGGCCUGAGCACCGGCCGCUCCUACCACUUCCGGGUCCGAGCCGUGAACAGCGCCGGCAUCAGCAGGCCGUCCCGCAAGUCCGACCAGGUGACCGCUCUGGACGCCGCGGAGAGCGAGAGGCUGCAAGGUACCGACGAGGGCGUGCCCUCGGCUCCGGGUCAGGUGGUCGCCACCAGGAACUCCAAGUCCUCGGUGUUCGUGCAGUGGGAUCCUCCCAAACAGGUGAAGGACCUCAUGGGGUAUUACAUCGACGGCCGCGUGGUCGGAUCCAAGGAGUGGUUCCCGUGUAACCACAAGCCCUUCAAGCACAACAGGUUCGUGGUCCACGGGCUGAUCCCAGGAGAGACCUACGUGUUCCGGGCCCAGGCCGUCAAUGUGUUCGGCCUCAGUGAGGAGUCCCAGGAGUCUUCUCCCAUCGCGGUGGAGCCGGCGCUCGCGACUCCCAGUGCUCCCUUCGGCAUCACCAUGCUGAGCUGUGACGGCGCCUCCAUGACUGUGGCCUGGAAGAGUCCCAAGCACUGCGGCGGCUCCAAGGUCAACGCGUACUACGUGGACAAGCGGAACGCCGACACCCUGACCUGGAAGGAGGUCAACCUGGUGGCCGUCAAAGAGAGACUCUGCACCGUGGACAGUCUGACAGAGGGAGUCUUCUACGAGUUCAAGGUCCAGGCUGGAAACAUGGCGGGUGUCGGCGUCCCAUCAGCUCCCAGUGCCCCCAUGAAGUGUGAAGCUUGGACCAUGGAUGAACCAGGCCCGGCCUACGACCUGAGCUUCAGCGAGGUCAGAGGUCACUCCCUGGUCAUCCUGUGGAAGGCCCCCGUCUACACCGGAGCGAGCGCCGUCUCUGGAUACCUGGUGGACAUGGCCAAACAGGGCUCGUCCGAGUUCCUCACUCUGAACCAGGAAGCUGUGAGCCACCGUUACCUGCAGGUGUCCGGUCUGGAGGAAGGUCAAACCUACGUGUUCAGAGUUCGUGCCGUCAACGCUAACGGAGUGGGGAAAGCUUCUCAGGUGUCAGAGGCCGUGUGUGCCAGAGCUCUUCCAGGCGCCCAGGAGAUCGUGGCCAGCGUGGACGGGGACACCGGAGACAUCUUCCUGUCCCUGGAGGCCUGUGAGAUCUGCGAGACGUCCAAGUUUGUGUGGUCCAAGAACUACAAGGCCAUCGGGGACUGCCCCAGAGUGGAAGUGACGACCAAGGGCAGAACCUCCAAAAUGACCUUCACUCAGCCCGAUAAGGACGAUUUGGGAAAAUACUCGGUGGUGGUCACCGACACCGAGGGAGUGUCUGCCAGCCACACGCUGAGCGAGGACGCUCUGAACACGAUGCUGGAGCUCAGCCACGCCAUCAGACAUCCCAUUGUUCCUCUGAAACACGGCCUGAACUAUGAGAUCCUGGAGAAAGGUCACGUGCGCUUCUGGCUUCAGGCCGUCAAGCUGUCGCCCGCCGUGUCCUACCGCUUCAUCGUGAACGACAAGGAGGUCGCCAGCGGGGAGGGUCACAAGAUCAGUCACGACGUGGCCACAGGAAUCAUCCAGAUGACCGUGGAUCAUUUCACCAGAGCCAACGAGGGCACGUACACCGUCCAGAUCCACGACGGCAAAGCCAAGGCCCAGAGCUCCCUGGUGCUGGUGGGAGACGUUUUCAAGGCUGCGCUGAAGGAGGCCGAGUUCCAGAGGAAGGAGCACAUCAGGAAACAAGGUCCACAUUUCUCUGAGUAUCUGUAUUUCACUGUCACUGAGGAUUGCACCGUGAUGCUCGCCUGCAAGGUGGCCAACGUGAAGAAGGAGACGACUUUCCACUGGUUCAAGGAGGACGAAGAGAUCGUUCCAGAGACUCCUCCCAACGUCCUGUCAGGGGCCUGCGCUCUGCCCAUCGCACUGUUCUCCAGGAAAGACCAGGGUGUGUUCAAGGCCACGCUCGGGGACGACAGAGGAAAGGACACGUCUCUGUUCGACAUCUCAGGCCAAGUGUUUGAUGACAUCAUCAACGCGCUCGCUCAGAACGCAGGUGCGUCUGCCUCUGAGCUGGUGAUGCAGUGCACUCCAGAGGGAAUCCGGCUGCAGUGCUACAUGAACUACUACACCGAGGAGAUGAAGACCGUCUGGAAACACAAGGAGACAAAGAUCGCCUCCUCUGAGAAGAUGAGGAUCGGUGGCACAGCGGAGAUGGCCUGGAUGCAGAUCUGCGACCCGUCCGAUAAGGAGAAGGGUCACUACACCAUCGAGAUCUCCGACGGCGUGCAGACCCACACCAGGACCUUUGACCUCUCUGGACAGGCCUACACCGACGCCUACGAGGAGUACCUGAGACUCAAGGCGGCGGCCUUCGCUGAGAAGAACCGCGGCAGAGUGGUGGGGGGUCUUCCGGACGUGGUCACCAUCAUGGAGCAGAAGUCCCUAAGCCUGACCUGCACCGUGUGGGGCGAGCCGACCCCGGAGGUCACCUGGUUCAAGAACGAGCAGGAGGUCACCUCCACGGAGCACACCAAGGUCACGUUCGACGGCGGCAAGUUCUCCAGCCUGGUCAUCAACCAGGUCACUCCCGAGGACUCCGGCAAGUACAGCAUCAACGUGAGGAACAAGUACGGCGGCGAGUUCGUGGAGAUCACCGUCAGCGUGUACAGGCACGGCGAGCCGAUCCCCGAGGCCAAGCUGGGACAGCCCAAAAUGGCCACGCCCGCAGCCACGCCCACAUCCACGCCGGUGCCGCCCAAGUCCCCGGCUCUCCCCUCCAAGACCCCGACCCCCACACCUUCCAAGUCCCAGACCCCGGCGCCGCCCGCCAAGACCCCGACUCCAGCCUCCACCCCGGCGCCGUCCAUGAGGAGUCAAGCCUCCACCCCUGCUUCCACCCCCGUCCCCAAGUCCCCGACCCCCACCCCGAAGUCCCCGACCCCAAAUCCCCGCGGCGUCAAGUCCCCGACUCCUCCCAGGUUCAUGAAGUCUCCGACCCCACCGAGGAAGUAGAGGUGGAGCGGAGGUCUGAGGGGGAAACGUCUGCCGAGAGCAACGCUGGUGUUUAGCAUGAGUGUGAAAGUUAUUUAGACGUAGUCUCUGUUAAAGUCCCGAGAACCGGCUGCCGACUCGCUCUUCUUGUGUUACUUUUCAAAGUCUAGUUUGUAGCAUAGAACCGACCCACAACAGAGGGACAGUCACGUUUGUCCCGUUUCAGCUCGUUCACGUUGUUGACCGGUCGCUGCGCUUUGACUCGGGCGGGAAAAAGCAGAAAAGUUAAUGUUCUGUGUUUUUCAAAAGCUGCACCUUCCGCUUCGUGACGUCAGCGGAACGCCUCCUUGUGGUUGUUUAAAUGUUAAAUUCUGGUUUUGGCUCAUGGUGAUAAAUAAACUGAUCUGGAAACAGGGUGACGAGAGAAAUGACGUAAACACGCAGAGAUGUGCAGCAACGGAGAAUCACCGAUGAGUGAACUGGAUGAAGCCAUUGGACUAACCCGUCGUUAGUCCAAUCUUAGUUCUCUCUUGGUCGCAGCCACGUCACCGUCCCGGUCUCGGCCGGUAAAUCUUGGCGAGUGCCGUGUUUUUUAGAGUCGGACCCAAACUGGUAGAAAGCAGAAUCCUGUGAGUGACGUUUGUCCCAUGUGACUUCUUUCCUUUAAAUUGUGUGAAUGUAAAAU